AUGGCCAACAUAAAAGGGUUUGAAGUAGUCUAUUCAAAAGAUGAAGACAACAUGUCUAUCUACUCGGCUUGUUCAGAAGAUGAUUCGUCAGAAGAAUAUGAGUUAGAAUAUGUGUCAGAAGAAGAAGACGAUAACUCUAGAAAGGUUUAUCUCCUUCAGGUUGAAAAUUGGGGAAAUGAUAAUGUAGAAGAAGUCUCUUCUUAUGGUGUGAAACCCGAGGUAAAAGAAGUUUUACUAUCUCAAGAAGAGCGUCAUACAAAAAUAGUCUCUACAAGUAGAUUCAGUAACGACAUGGAAGUUGGAUUAAAAUUUCCUGGAUACAAAAUGUAUCAUCUCCAUGCAUUUGUAGAUACAGGAUCAGCGAUUCCUCAGUAUAAGGAAGAAGAUCAUAAUGAAUUCAAAAAGGAUAUAGCAUAUCUCUUAGAAAAGGGAUUAAUAAGGUCAUCAAACAACCCUCAUCAUGCUCCUGCUUUCUACGUAAGAAACCAUGCAAAACAAGUUCGUGGAAAGGAAAGAAUGGUAAUAGAUUAUAGAGAUGUCAAUAGGAAGACUAUCAAAGAUGGUUACCAAAUCGCAAAAGCAAGAGUUUUGAUUAAUAGGCUCAAAAGAGCAAAAGUAUUUUCAAAGUUUGAUGUUAAGUCUAGAUUUUUGCAAAUCAAAAUGCAUCCAGAUAGUAUCUCUCUUAUUGCAUUCGGAACUCUACAAGAACAUUAUGAAUGGUUAGUAAUGUGA